AGAGAGCAAAACAGAGAGGCUAGAGAAGACUAAAGAGACAGACGGACAAACACAGGGGAGAGUGAAGACUGCAAAAAUAAUAAGGUUGGUGUUAAUGUAGAGCAAAAAGACCACAGCUCCUCACUCUGCAAACACUCCACUGCACUGUCAACUCUUCUGCUUUGAUGGAUCUGUGUGACCAGAAGUAACUGUGAAGGGCCAAACAAGGACGUUAAUCAAAGAAGAGACACACUCUGAGGACGGAGAAAAGCAGAAAACCUUGGCUGAGGUGAGGAAGAAGCAGUUGUGUGGGAGAGCAGAGGCGAAGAAGGAGCAGCAAAAAGGCAGGGGAGUGGAGGAGUGAGGCGACCGGUUCUUCCAGCUUCCAGUGAAAAGGGAAAAUAAGAAGAGAGGAGUUGGGGAACGAGGGAGAAGAGUCGGCUGGUCAUGGGGCUUUGUGCUGUUCUCCUCAUCUGUCUCUCCCAGGCUGAGCUGGGGAGCAUCUGGGCUCAUGAGAAUGGAGAUGCGCUGAGUCAAACUAAUCUGUGGACGGAUGGGUACUUGACUGGAUUUCACAGAGCCAAGAGGGACCAAAAGACCCCACAGAGAGAAGCCCAGAAGUCCACUGAUGGACGAGGACUCGAUAUCAGCACCCUGUCGGACAACGGGACCCAAAUUGUGGAGGACUCCACAAAGUACUACUCAUGGCAGAGUUUUGGACCAACAGACAGACGGAGCAAAGAGUUGUGGGUGAAUCUAAAUGCUCUGCACGAGAGCCAAGUCCAAAUUCAUGGCAUCCUGUCCAAUGCACACCAACGAGCAGCGAGGGUGGCGCUUUCUUUCGAUUUCCCGUUUUAUGGACACAACUUGAGGCAAGUCAUCGUGGCGACCGGUGGUUUCAUGUACAUGGGAGACAUCACUCAUCGAAUGCUGACUGCCACACAAUACAUCGCUCCCCUCAUGGCCAACUUUGAUCCGGGUUACUCCAAAAACUCAACAGUGAGGUUCUCAGACAACGGUAAUCUAUUUGUGGUUCAGUGGGACAACGUGAGGUUGCAUGAGCAAGCUGACGAAGGGCCGUAUACGUUCCAGGCGGUCCUCCACAGAAAUGGAAGCAUUGUUUUCAACUACAAAGAAAUUCCUAUGUCAGUGGAGAAAAUUGAUGUCAAAGGGCAUCCAGUGAAAGUAGGACUGUCUGAGGCCUUCAUGCUACCGGUUCAAUUCUCAAAGCCCUCAGAAAAGGGGGAACAAUUUACUAUCUAUGAGUAUCAUCGCGUCGAGAUCAACUUCACCAAGAUUGUAAGCGGAUCUGCUUUCGAGCUCACACCUCUUCCCACUUGUCUUCAACACGUAUCCUGCGACCUCUGCUUAACAUCCAACCUGACAACUGGCUGCGGCUGGUGCAACACUCUUCAACGAUGCUCCGACGGGAUCGACCGGCACAAACAAGAGUGGAUACAAUACAACUGUUCGGUAGAGGCAAAAAGCACAUGCGAGGACUACAACCCAGUACAACCUGAGGGAUCGACGGGCACCUUCAACCACUCCUCUCCAGGUCCAACUCCGACUUCAGCAGUGCUCAGAGAACAUCCUGUCACCCGAGAUUUAGACACAAGUCCUCCCAAACCUAAAGGGAUCCCAGAGAACACAGCCAUCAUAGCAGGUGUAGUGGCUGCACUGGCUCUGCUCGUGGCUCUGACCUUACUGGCUGUCUAUUACAUCAACACACACCCCACAGUGGCUCCACCUUUCUACCUCAUGCAGCGACGCACCAAUAACUACUGGCCGUCUAUGAAGUUUCGUAACCAGGGCUGUCACUCCAAUUACGCUGAAGUCGAGCUGGGUGGUCAUGAAAAGGAAGGCUUCAUUGAAGCAGAGCAGUGAUGCCAACGGUGCUGGACUUGCAGGACUCAGAAAGAGAAAUGGAGGACACCAUCUUAAGGACUGCAAGAGAACCAAUAUGGACAAUCAGGACGACCAUCAACAAAGGGUUCCCCUACUCCGACCUUGGCGGCUGGAACGUUUUUUUGUUUUUUUUUAAACUUUAACUGCUCUUGAAGCUCUUGCCUGUUUUUCUCUGAGUCUUUUGCUCUUUACAAACACACAGAGGAUUUGUCGUGUUAUUCAAGGGUUGGAGGGUCUGAGUGACAGAAAGCUGAAUGUACAGAAUAAACUGUACAAUACCCAUCGCUACGAGGGGGAUGUCAGGGAAUGAAUCAAACAAGCCUUCAUACUGCAAACCAAUGUAAAACUCUACUUAACUAUGUGUCUUUUUUUUUGUUUUCAUUCAGUUUUUGUAGUUAUUUUUUUGUGUCAGGAAAUUUCCAUGUUACCAGUGGUUCAUGAAAUGUUCUCUCUCUCUCUCUCUCUGUGGACUAUUUACAGAUAUUUAGCAAUAUAACUGAUAGUGAUUUAAAUAAUCAUCAUGAAGAUCUCUGGAAUAAUAUUAUUUGAAUGAGAUUUAUUGGAGGCAUCAAGUUAUGAGAGCUUUUUUUUUAUCUUUCUGUUAAAAUGUGUCUUAAUAAAAGCUGGUGAGUGUUGAA